GGGGGAGAGGGAGGGAGGGAGGCCCGAGUGGGUGCAACACGCCGCUUGGGUGCGUUCCGGUCACUUUUAGGCACGCGAACCUGUUGAGUGCACGUCACCUCGUCACCUCUUCGUCGGAAGACUCAAACAGUAGCUAAACGAAACGUACUCGUCCGAAAAAAAAAAAAAAAAAAAAAAUCAUAAUAAUUCCAAAAGAAAAAGAGCAGCUCGAGACUGCCUUGUUUGCGGCCCACUCGAGGAUCUCCCCGCGCGGCGCGCCUUCUCCAUGUUGGACGUAUGGCCUCGUUCCGUGCGUGUCGGGCGGGACGUUAACCGCCUCUGUCUAUGUGCGCAGGUGGGACGCUUGUGGAUUUAAACGGACGCAGGUGCCGGAGACACAAAACGGGAUUGUUUGCUUGUUGUUAACGCCGCACCAAGCGCGAACUUUUGCAAAAGAAGGAGGAGAGGGAAGAGAAGCGGCGGCGGCGGCGGCAGCGGAGGCGCCAUGGAAGUGAGCGCGGAGCAGCCCCGCUGGAUGAGCCACCCGCACCCGGCCGUGCUGAACGAGCAGCACCCCGGCGGGCACCAUCCGGGCCUGGGCCACUCCUACAUGGACGCGGCGCAGUACCCGCUGGCCGACGAUGUGGAUGUACUCUUUAAUAUCGACGCCCAGGGCAAUCACGUCUCUCCCUACUACGGCAACUCGGUGCGGGCCGUGCAGAGGUACCCACCGCCACCGCACAGCAGCCAAGUGUGCCGACCGUCGCUGCUGCACGGCUCGCUGCCGUGGCUGGAGGCCGCGGGUGGCAAAGGCAUCGGCGCGCACCACGGCGCGUCCCCGUGGAACCUGAGUCCCUUCCCCAAGAACCCGCUGCACCACCAUCACCACCAUCACCACCACCACGGCUCCCCGGGCGCCCUCUCCGUCUACCCGCCGACCUCGUCCACCUCCUCGUCAUCGUCGUCGUCGUCGUCGCUGUCCGGCGGCCACUCCAGUCCGCACUUGUUCACAUUCCCGCCCACCCCGCCCAAGGACGUGUCCCCGGACCCGGGCCUGUCCACGCCGGGUUCGGGCGGGGGCGGCCCGCGCCUGGAGGACAAAGAGUGCGUCAAGUACCAGGUGACGCUGGGCGACAGCAUGAAACUGGAGACGGCGCACGGGCGCGGGGUGGCGGCGGCGGCGGCGGCAGCAGCGGCGCUGGGGCAGGGCCCCUCGACGACGGCGGCGGCCCACCACCCCAUCGCCACUUACCCACCACCUUAUGUCCCCGAUUACGGGCCAGGCCUCUUCCCACCAAGUAGCCUGAUAGGUGGGUCCUCUUCUACUUAUGGUUCCAAAACAAGACCAAAAACAAGGUCGUGUUCAGAGGGCCGGGAGUGCGUGAACUGCGGCGCCACGUCGACCCCGUUAUGGCGACGGGACGGUACGGGCCACUAUCUGUGUAACGCCUGCGGCCUGUACCACAAGAUGAAUGGCCAGAACCGGCCCCUCAUCAAGCCCAAGCGGCGGCUGUCGGCGGCCAGGCGCGCGGGUACGUCCUGCGCCAACUGCCAGACGACCACCACCACGUUGUGGAGGCGCAACGCCAACGGCGACCCCGUCUGCAACGCCUGCGGACUCUACUUCAAGCUGCACAAUAUCAACCGACCUCUGACCAUGAAGAAGGAAGGCAUCCAGACGCGCAACCGCAAGAUGUCCAGCAAGUCCAAGAAGAGCAAAAAAUCCCUGCAGGACGGCGGCAUGGACGACUUCUCCAAGAGCCUGAUGGACAAGAGCAGCUCCUUCAGCCCGGCCGCCCUGUCCCGCCACAUGUCCUCCUUCCCGCCCUUCUCGCACUCGGGCCACAUGCUCAGCACCCCCACGCCCAUGCACCCCUCCUUCGCCCCCCACCACCCGUCCAGCAUGGUGACGGCCAUGGGCUAGGCCCGGCUCAAAGGCGGCCGGCGCCCGGACGCUUCCGUCCCAAAGGCUUCUUCACUUCCCGAGAGAAGGUCUGGCAACGUUUUGCCGUGAAGAAGCCUUUUGGACUCAAGCGGAAAGAGCCAAGAAGAAGAAUCCGGCGUGACCCGGAUGACGGACGAGCUCCGCAGACGUCUUGGCUUGCUUGAUUUUAUUUUUGUAAAAUCAAAGGCGGAAGCUGACUCCGACCCUCCUCGGAUAAGGAUCUCUCUCUCCAAUUGUGUACAAAAUCUAAAAAGCUGACUGAAAAGACUUCCUGGCUGGUCUCGUACCUGUUUGACAGGACCUUUGUACAAAUUGUAUGAAAUACAUCUAAUGAGAGAAAAAAAACAAAAAACAAAACGGGACACUCGAAGAAGGCUACGAAGAGGCGACGGCGUGUAAAGACAACGUGAACGCUUUUGCUUUUAUUUUUGGAUGUGCUUUAAGUCUCGGCCUGUUGGUUUGUGUUGACACACGCGCACGCACACACACACACACACACACACACACACACAUGCACGCACACAACCUGACAGAUGAUGAUAUGCAUUGUGAAAAAAAAAGUUCCUGUAUUUGUUAUUUGUAUGUAAAAAAAAAAAAAAAAAUCAGAGUACCAAAAAUACGAAAGAAACAAAGAUGUAGAAUUAUUUCUUUAUGUUAUGCAGACUGAAUGGUUGUAAAAAUGGAAUAAUAAUAAUAAUCACUCGUGUAAAA